AUGCUUCUGAGAGCUGCACCAGCAUUCUCUAUCUUGGACACUCAUGGGUUAAACCUAAAUCCCCUGUUUUCCUCUCUUUCGUCUUCUGCAUCGUCGUUGAACUCUGUUCUGAGGGCUUUUCCAGGGAAAACUGGAAAUGGGUUUGUGGUUUGUGCGACGAAGGGUUCAAGUUCUAAUAGUCGGCCGCUUACUGGUGUCGUGUUUGAGCCGUUUGAAGAGCUGAAGAAGGAGCUCAUGCUUGUACCCACCGUUCCUCACUCUUCUCUUGCACGCCAGAAGUAUGCUGAUGAGUCUGAAGCUGCAAUCAAUGAACAGAUCAAUGUGGAGUACAAUGUUUCGUAUGUGUACCAUGCUAUGUUUGCCUACUUUGAUAGGGACAACGUUGCUCUCAAGGGUCUUGCCAAGUUUUUCAAGGAGUCUAGUGAAGAGGAAAGAGACCAUGCUGAGAAAUUGAUGGAGUAUCAGAACAAAAGGGGUGGCAAAGUGAAGCUGCAGUCCAUUCUGAUGCCGCUGUCUGAGUUCGAUCAUGCUGAGAAGGGUGAUGCUUUGCAUGCAAUGGAACUUGCAUUAUCUCUGGAGAAGCUGACCAAUGAAAAACUUCUAAACUUGCACUCUGUAGCCUGCCGAAACAAUGAUGCGCAGUUAGCUGAUUUUGUUGAAAGCGAGUAUUUGACAGAGCAGGUGGAUGCCAUUAAGAAGAUCUCCGAGUAUGUUGCUCAGCUGAGAAGAGUGGGCAAAGGACAUGGAGUCUGGCACUUUGAUCAGAAGCUCCUCCAUGAGGAAGUGGAAGCUGCAGCAUAA